UCCACCCCGUCAUCGUCCCAUUGGAAUUCACACUCGUACUGUGAGCGACUCGUACCAUGUAGAGCACGACUGCACGACGACGGAGCUGCAAUGGAAGUGGCCCUCGGGUCCUCCGACUCCCAACCCCUCACCUUGCUUCGGCAAGACGAUGCGAUGGGUUUGGGAAGCAAUGGUGUACCUGAAGUCAACGUCGCAAUACUUGAACAGUAGCUAGCUGGUAGGAGUACUGUUUGCUCCUCAACGUUCACUCCCGUCUGUUUGCUUUGAAGGUGCACAUACAGGAUGUCCCGCAUCUAUCGUAACCCGAGACAACCUACAGUUGACCUUCCGCCUAUCGAUCUCCUGACCCUACUGUUUGACUCCGAGUACGGCCUUGCACAAGACGACACGAUCCUACAUCAGGAAGCUGCUAACCCAUCCAAUACCAUAACGAAGAGGCAGCUACGCGACCUCACGCAACGCAUCUCUCAUGGCCUUCGCCGGUACUACGGCAUUGGAUCCAGCGGCCCGAACAAAGACGUUGUCACAGUGAUUAGCCAUGGUCAGAUUCUUGUCCCUGCUAUGUUCUUCGGUGUAAUAGGCGUCGGUGGUGUCUACUCUGCGGCGAGCCCAUCGUCAACAACAGCGGAACUUGCUCGUCAGGUGAGAGUUGGCAACUCCAACCUCCUUGUAUGCGGCGCAGAGCAUCAUGACGUUGCCUGUAAAGCGGCCAAGGAGUGUGGACUACCGCUGUCCCGCGUUCUAUUCCUCGAGUCGUCGCCUCAAUGGAGAUUGUACAGUGUGGAUGGCACUAUCAACGCUAUUACUACAGAACGCCUCGGAUGGCCCAGGAUCACUGAUCCUAAACUGCUCAAGGACAGCCUGAUCACGAUUCUGUGGUCAAGCGGAACCACGGGCCUUCCCAAAGGCGUAAUGCUUAGCCACAACAAUCUUGUAGCGGAGACGUAUGUGACAGCAUUGUCAGGCCGCCAAUGGGCGGAGGCAGAACUGGCUAGGGGCAACGAGCUUCCACCAUUCGAGUUACGCACCCUUGCCCACCUACCCAUCAGCCAUAUAGCAGGUCUGUUCGGCUACCUCAUUGCGCCCUUCUUCUCCGGCGGUUCGGUCGUUUGGAUGCGGAAGUAUAACUGGAACGACAUGCUCAAGUACCUUAAGCAGUACACAAUAACAUCCUUCUACACCGUCCCAUCAAUAUACCUACGAAUAUCCAAGGCGCCGGAGGUAACGGAUCACUUCCAGCAUGUCGGAGUGGCAACUACCGGUGCAGCACCGACGGAUGGCAAACUCCAGACUGCCGCAAACAGCAAGCUCGGUAAUGGUGUCGAGACCAUGAUCGGGCAGACGUGGGGCCUGUCAGAGACAACGGGAGCGGUCACGAUGAUGCCGAAAGGGCAGAGCGAUGUCUCAGGAAGCGUUACCCCCAUCUUGCCCACCGUGGAGCUUCGCAUUGUAGAUGACGACUUUCGUGACGUCGAGCCCGGACAAGAAGGCGAGCUGUUAAUUCGGAGCCCGCUCGUCACGAAUGGCUACUACAACAAUCCACAAGCAACAAGGGACGCUUUCCGCGACGACUGGUUCUGCAGUGGCGAUAUCGGCGUGAUGCGCGAUGGAAAGUUGUUCAUUGUGGACCGGAAGAAGGAGUUGCUCAAGUACAAAGGCCUGCAAGUUGCCCCCGCAGAGCUGGAGAACGCCCUUUUCACUCACCCGCAGAUCGAAGAAGCAGCCGUCGUCGGGAUUCCAGCGCCAGACGAUCCGGGUACGGACUGGCCUCGAGCAUACAUUGUUCCCACGAGACCAGGCGCCAUCUCCGAAGACGAGGCGAAAGCUUGGGUGGCGGAUCGACUGGCGCCGUACAAACAGCUGCGAGGCGGUGUGUGUUUUGUUGACGAGAUACCUAAGAACGCUGUUGGCAAGUUCUUGCGGAGGGAGCUUAGAGAGCGGGCGAAGAGGGAGGUGGGAUUGAAAGCGAGAUUAUAG